GUUCCUUGCUUCAGGCAUCUACUUGCUAGUUACAUAGAGCCUCCACUGCAGCCUGACUCAGGGUGUCUGAGAACGCUGAGCCCCGGAGCUGCACGUCUGAGACUCUGCACCCUGCCUCUCAAGUUGCAGAGCAUGUUCCCAGCAUGGACCCUCCUCCGGGCCUUGGCCCUAUUGCUAAGCCUGCCUGGCCUGUAUGGUUGCCGUUUACCUCCUAAAAUUGACCACGGACGCGCCAAAAAAAGUGGUUCAUUUUUGAACAUUCAGUACACAUAUGAGUGUGAUACAGGAUACACUCUGGUUGGAGAGGCAAAAAUCUCCUGUGAUGAUUCAUUCUGGUCACCUCCAGCUCCUCAGUGUAAAGCUCUGUGUCUGAGACCAGAUAUUACCAAUGGAAAGCUGUCUGUGAAUAAGAGUUAUUAUAUUGAACCUGAAACUGUCACUGUCCAGUGCAACUCUGGUUAUGGUCUGGUUGGUUUCCAAAGGAUCAGUUGCUCAGAGAACAGAAGUUGGCAUCCAAAAGUGCCCAAGUGUGAGUGGGAAGUCCCUGAAGGCUGUGAGAAGGUGCUGGCGGGUAAACACCUCAUGCAGUGUCUGCCAAAGCCUGAAGAAGUGAAAUUGGCCCUGGAGUUAUAUAAGCUGUCUCUGGAGACUGAACUACUGGAACAACAGAGAGACCGUGCAAAGAAAACCACCCUGGAGUCAUCACUGUAAUUUUUCCCAAAAGAGAAAGAAAAAGUUCCCUCAAUAUAGAAAACAUCAGUUAAGCAACUUUACUGUCUCUUUGCCACCAUGAUCAAUAAUAACAAUUAUCUGGGUAGGAGAAUUUGCUAAUAUUAGCGCUUUUGACAUUGUGGAAUCAUUGAUCAUCUGUCCUCUUGGGGCUCAAGUUUUCGCUUUUCUGUAUGCAAAGUGCAGUUCAUUUUUUUUAAUUAAAAAAUUCCUAUAUCAAAAA